AUGGAAAAGAUAUUCGACAUCACACAGGUGCAGGUGGGCCACCUCAUUGGCAGGGGUGGGAUGACGAUCAAGGGACUGCAGGAUAGAACCGGCGCAAAGUUCGAAAUUAUCGAAGGCCCAAGGGUCCGCAUCACGGGCGACAGCGAGGAAAAGGUGGUGGCGGCGGUUGAAGAGGUGCAGAUGAUCAUCGCCGACCAGGAACACCCUGACUACGAGGGGGCCGUUGGCGCACGACUCCGCAAGAAGGCGGAUGCGUUGGCUGCGAAGCGCGCCGAGCUCUUAGAUAAGGCGACGGCGAAGCGCAAUGCGGGUUACGUGGAUGCCGCAAAUAAACUCGUAGAGGAGGCGAAGGAAGCCGGCAGACGAAUGGAUGAGAAAAACAAGGCGGCGGCUGCUGCAAUUGCGGAGCACAACAACGAGGCCAAGGGCAAAGGUGACGACUACUUUGACAUGCACGGCCUGCGAAAGGAAGAGGCCAUGACGAUGCUGCAGUCUUGCGUCGAGCGACUCAAGGCAAAACCAAACGGAACCGUAACGGAGUUGCAACUGAUCCCCGGUGCCGGUCACCACUCCGCACCUGGCAAGCAGGCCCUAAAAGCCGCAACAGAGGCAUACCUCAAUGCCGAGGGCAUCCCCUUCAAGGCCGUAUCAGCGGGCUCACUGAUGGCAAGCGUCAUCGGUACAGGAGAGGCAGCUGCGGCUGCAGCCAUGAAGGAGGACAAGGAAAAGAUCAAAUGUAGCAGCUUGUGUGCGGUGAUGUGA